AUGUGGCCAGGUGAAGCACCAAUCAGCCGAUGUCUGGUGAGGACUGAGGGCUUCCUGGAAAGGAGACUGAACUGGAGUGGCUCAGAGAGGCAAAGGCAGCCUGGAAGAUUCAUUAGCGAUGUCAGACACCAUUUAGAACCCCAGCUGUAUUUUGGAGUUAUUUCACCAGUGGCUGGAGUUCUUGCUAGAGCAGGAGGAAUAAAUUCCAGUGAGUGUGAAAAUGUAUCAAGAGAAGAAGAAACGUCAGAAGAAUUUGAAGCUAAUGCUAUGGAUUCUCUGAUAGACAUGCCAUUUGCCACUAUAGAUAUUAAAGAUGAUUGUGGAAUCACUGAUGUACCUCACACAAAUUGGGAGAGAAGUAAAGAAAAUGAACGGAUCAGUAAAGAUCAAAUAAAGAAGAGGAAAAAAAAGCAAAAAGAUUAUCAACCCAACUAUUUCCUAUCCAUUCCGAUCACCAACAAAGAGAUUACAAGAGGAAUUAAGAUCCUGCAAAAUGCAAUAAUACAACAAGAUAAGCAACUAGCCAAAGCAAUGACCAGUGAUGGCUCCUUUCAUAUUACCCUGCUAGUGAUGCAGCUAUUAAGUGAAGAUGAAGUAAACAUUGGUAUAGGUGCUCUUUUGGAAUUAAAACCAUUCAUAGAAGAAAUCCUCCAAGGAAAACAGUUGAUUUUGCCCUUUCAGGGGAUUGACACUUUCGGAAAUCAGGUUGGAUUUGUGAAGCUGGCAGAAGGAGAUCAUGUAAACUCACUUUUGGAGAUAGCAGAGGCUGCAAAAAGGACAUUUCAAGAAAAGGGCAUCUUGGCAGGAGAAAACAGGAGUUUUAAGCCUCACUUGACUUUUAUGAAAUUGUCCAAAGCACCAUGGCUCCGGAAGAAGGGAGUGAAAAAAAUAGACCCUGAAUUCUAUGAAAAAUUUAUCAGUCACAGAUUUGGAGAAGAAAUGGUACAUCGCAUAGAUCUUUGCUCCAUGCUAAAGAAAAAACAAAGUAAUGGUUAUUAUCACUGUGAGUCUUCAAUUGUGAUUGAAAGCAUCUUCUCCAGCGAAGGCCUCUAUGAACACAGCAUUCCACACCAGGCAUUUUCAUGUUUGCUGCUUUUAAUUAGGAAUUAGGAAUAGAAUAUUCCAG